CUUUGAUACGCCCUAAUAUUUUUCAUAAAAGGAAGUUCACCUCAAAACUUUAAAAGCUACAAGAAAAGGUGAGAACUUUGAAACCUGAAAAGAGACCGUCAAUGCUGAAAAUCUCCGGCGACGAUUCUGCAGUGUCCGUGAGAUUCGGAAGCGAGAACAGCUCAAUAAUUACAGAAUCUGGAAAAGGACAUCGAAAAACAGGUUUUAUCAAUCUUUUCUGUUCUGGGUUCGAGUUGAAAGCUUAGGAUUUGAAAGGGAAUGGCUCACAGGGAUAGUAUAAGUCACUUGCCCGAGGAGCUGCGUUUGAGAAUAUUGUCGUUGCUCCCUGCGAAAGAUGUUCUAGCCACUAUGCUUUUGUCGAAACGAUGGAAGUCUCUAUGGAUGCUGGUGCCAAGACUUGAGUAUGACCAUGCUAUGUACCAAGAUGUUGAAGACGGGAGCUUCCCGCGGGUUGUUUACAGUUCUUUAGUGCUACACGAGGCUCAGGUUCUAGAGUGUUUGCGUUUGAAACUUGACUGGAGGUCUAAAGCUCUGGAUAUUGGAGUAUGGGUUAAAACUGCUGUUAAACGCGGUGUGCGCGAGUUGGAUAUCGAGAUCAAUAGUCCUUCCGUUUUAACUCCGGUCUCACUUCCAUGGAGCUUGUAUAGCGCGGGAUGUAGAAUCCUUGUGACACUGAAGCUAAGUAACAUGGUUCUUGUGGAUGCUUCUCCCUCCUUGUCAGCUUCUUUCACAUCCCUGAAAAAUUUGAGCCUUGUGGACAUCAAGUACCCGAGUGAGUAUUUUGUCGAAAAUUUUCUAUCCGGUUGUCCUGUUCUUGAGGAAUUGGUUGUGGAACGAUGUCCUGAUGACAACCUGGUCGUUCUCCCUGUUUUAGUACCAUCUCUAAAGACUUUAGUCUUGGGUAAAUCAACAGACGUAGAUGAAGACAAAGUUGCUGGGUUUGUGGUAGAUGCUCCUCUGUUGGAGAGAUUUGACAUUCUUGAUCAUAACGAGGGUGGGUAUUGUUACAUCAGGGAAAAUAUGCCUGAGAUUGUGUAUGCAAAUAUCGACAUUAAUUAUCGAGUUCUUUGGAAAUUUUUGGGGUCCAUUACUUCAGUCAAGCGUCUCUAUCUAUGUUUAACAACCAGAAAGAAUGCUUAUCCUGCUGGUAGUGUCUUCCACCGUCUUGUGCAUCUAACGCUGUGCACAUGUGGGAGUAAGUGGUUGAAACUACUUGUAUGUCUGCUCAGAGAUUCUCCUAAGUUGCGAGUUCUCAAAUUUGCACAGUGCCAUGUCCUUGGGGAUGAAGACUAUCGCCCCUGCUGGGAUGAACCGAGCUCAGUUCCUGAAUGUGUGUUGUCGAGCCUUGAAACUCUGGAAUGGGUAAAAUACGAAGGAACAAAGGAAGAGAGAGAAGUAGUAGCGUUUGUUUUUAGAAACGCAAGAUGUCUAAAGAAGGCAAGUAUCUCCUCUACAUCUACGGACCCGGUUAAGAAACUUGAGAUGCUGAAAGAGUUGUCAUUUCUGCCAAGGUGUUCCAGUGCCUGUCGUCUUACAUUCGACUGAAGUUUUUGUCAUCCUUUAGGAUGCUGAAAGAGAUGGAAUCUUAGGUAUGUUAGAAGCUCUUAGUACUAUUCCAUGUUUUUUCUUUUACAUAUUUAGAUCUUCGAGGUUGUUAUGUUCUGCGCUUUAGAAGAGAGGAUCAUAAACUUAUCUUCUACUAUAAUUUAGCUACAGCGUAUCAUUUUGUGGUUUCUGCUCCAUUUCUUGUCUGUUGAUUAGGUUAGACUUGUGGUUAAACAGUGUGCUGUUUACUUGUCACUGGAUCUUCUUCCUCAAACCGGGUUUGUUCUCUGUUGGUGCUUGAAACAGUUACUACAUUUUUAGUUUAAGUUCAACUGAAACUACUGAUUUCC